GCUUUUCUGAUUUCACGCAAAACUAAUAUUUUGGUGGGGGUAAAACCUCGAUGACUGUUACCUACUCAAAUGAGGUUGCAACUUGUAAAGGAUUGGGGGUAUUCUGGAAACUACUCUUCAGAUGGAGGGGAAGCAUAUACAAGUUGGUGUGGCCGAACCUAUUCUUCUUUUUGGUUUUCUACUUUUCUCUCUCUCUCCUUUAUAGGUUCAUUCUCAACGAGGAGCUCAGGAGUUCAUUUGAGACCGUGAGUCGUCACUGCCGGGAAUUUGGAGAUCUGAUUCCUAUAACCUUCGUUCUAGGGUUCUACGUAGCAGUUGUUGUUAACAGAUGGUGGGCACAGUUCGAAUCAAUCCCUUGGCCGGAUCCAGUUUGUCUCUUUAUCACAACGUCAGUGGCUGGAGAUGAUGAAGUUGGACGGCUGGUUAGACGUACGAUAGCUAGAUAUAUGAACAUUGCACUCAUUCAAACAUUAAGAAUGAUCAGUGUGCCAGUAAAGAAGAGGUUCCCAACAACACAACACCUAGUGGACGCUGGUCUUUUACUAGAGGCUGAAAUGGAGUCCAUUGACAAGAUGGAGGCUAAUUCUGUUAAGCAUCCUAAAUAUUGGAUGAGCUUGGUCUGGGCUGGAGCUAUAGUGACGAGGGCAAAGAGAGAAGGACGAAUCACCGACGAAUUUGCGACCAAGACGAUUAUUGACGAAAUCAACAAGUUUGGGACGAAAUGCGCAGGGCUUCUCAACUACGACUGGGUUUCUGUACCUCUAGUUUACACACAGGUUGUUACCCUAGCUGUGUACUCUUACUUCAUCUCCUCUCUUAUGGCGCGACAAUUUCUAAGUGAUGAACCGGAUAUGGUGGUUCCCGUCUUUACAGUUCUACAGUUCGUCUUCUACAUGGGCUGGUUCAAGGUGGCCGAGGUUCUGAUUAAUCCCUUUGGCGAGGACGAUGACGAUUUCGAGGUUAAUUUAAUGAUUGAUCGAAAUAUCCAGGUUUCCUAUCUCAUCGUCGAUCAAAUGCAUCAGGAGCAUCCAGAAUUGGCUAAAGAUCACUUUUGGGAUGAAAAAAUUCCGCAUCAUCUUCCUUACACAGCCGCUGCAGAACAAUUCAGAACUGUUCCAUAUAUUGGAUCAACUGCAGUGGUUGAGGUGUCCCCAGAUCAAGCAGAGUUCGUUACUCUACAAACUAUACUAGAGGAACCUCAAAGCAGAAGUGAUAGACUUUCUAUAAACAGUGGUUUUCUGAGAACCAUGAUGGGAGAACUUAUGGGUAGUACUAAAUCAAGAUCCAGUCUUACGGUUGGAACAGAUUCAAACUACUCGGCCCGUCGUCUUCCUCUGUUGGGUACCUUGUUUAAACGCGGGAGACUUGGUUCCUGCCAAAGUAUAGCGUCUCACAAAUCCUCCAAACUGUUCCCGCCUAUUUUUGGCGCCAAGAAAAAAGCAGCUUCUUCAGAGAUGUCACGAAAAUGGAAAAACAAUCCUCGAAUAUUCUCUAG